UGUUUCUUGGCACUACAGAGGAUGAACGGAAGGGCUGAUAUCUCGGGCUGAUGUACAGCUGGUCUGCUGUAGUCCCAGCUCUUCUCCCUUGCAGUGGCGAUUGUACUUGUGUGACUGCAUGAGUUAAUUCAGGGAGUUUGUUAUGGUGAAGAUCAUCUUUGCCAAAUAACACUCACUUUUCCAGCAAGGCAGUUCUGUGAGUGAACUUGUUAAGUGUCUGCACAAGCAUGAAGGUGGGCAUAAGCAAGGGAUGUAAAUCUCUGGAGCAACCACAGAAUCUCAUUUUAAGGGUUUGAGCUGUUGUACUUUCACAGAAUGGAAUGUGUUAACAGUCCUCCAAACUGAACAGAAGUCUGUUUAAGGUAGCAACUGGAAUGUGAAAGAGGAUAAUGCCAGAAAACAACAGUAAUAUUGGGAGACUCCAUUAUUUCUAUCUCACUUUACUCUCCUAUUGUAUCCUUCCAUAUUAAGGCAAAUGAUGCAGCUCAGCAACAAUUCAGUGAAUGCAUGUGAGAGAAAUUGUGAAUAGGUCAGGUUCAGGAAAUACAGAGAAAAACAUCAUUAUGUUCCAUUUUCCUUUAGAAGGAGAAAGCUGGAAAAAAAUCCUCUACAACUAUUUAAGUUAAAAGGAGGAAAUAGUUAAUUGCUUUCAGGUGACAUGCAACUAUUUAGUAUGAACUGAAGCAAUCCCUCCCUUUCUUUUGAAAGAGGUGUGUUUCAUGACUGGGACUAAUAGUGAAUGCAGUGUAAAAGGAGCAGUAGAGGUAGAUGUGACUACAGCAGGGAAAAAAAACCUGUUUGUAAUACCUCUGCUGGGGUAACUUCCUGGAUCACUUUUAUACUGCCCACAGUUCUUGGUUCAUAGUUCUACCUCCUUUUCAAGCUUGGAGAGGUAUUCUGCUUCUGUAAGUAACCAAGCAAUAGAAAAAAGGUAGGUAAGAUUUUAUGGCUGCGGCAAUAAAAAGUAUAAGGAAGAAACAUACCUGAGAAUCCACUGCCACUAGUAUUAGAGGAGCUUUAGGAAGGAGUCGCCUGUCUUGGAAGGUUCUCUCUAAGGACUCUUCCUUUUAGCUUGCUAAGUAACAGAAAAUAAGAAGACAAAACCACAGCACUGCUACACAGAUCUGUAUACUUAUACGUCAGCAGCCCGAGUGCCGUUCAUUGAGGAAGGACACAGGCGUGUGUUAGGAUUAAUCGUAUUUCUGUAAGUGGUUCUCUAAGAGCUUUUUAAAUUGCUUUUCCUCGGUGAGAAUGGCAAGGAUUCGGAUUCCUAGCACAAUCGUUAUACUUUUUGUUAUGGUUCAGACUGGAUUCUUACUCUUCAUGUAUGCUCGGUACAGUAGCUUCAUGCCUCGGUCUGAGGAGAAACCAUCUCAAGUCCACAUCCUCAUUCUCUCCUCCUGGCGGUCAGGAUCUUCUUUUGUCGGUCAACUUUUCAGCCAGCACCCCAGUGUCUUCUACCUGAUGGAGCCCGCAUGGCAUGUGUGGGUUACGAUGUACCAGAACAGUGCUAAGGUCUUGCACAUGGCAGUGCGGGACCUAGUCAGGUCGGUCUUUCUGUGUGACAUGUCUGUAUUUGAUGCUUACAUGCCUUGGAAAAGAAACUUAUCCGAUCUUUUCCAGUGGGCAGUGAGUCGGGCUCUGUGUUCAGCUCCUGCUUGUGACUCCUUUCAACGUACUGACAUAACCAGUGAAAUGGCAUGCAAGACUCUUUGUGGACGGUACCCCUUCAGCAAGGUGGAGGAAGCCUGUAAAACUUAUAGCCAUGUUGUCAUCAAGGAGGUUCGAUUCUUUGACUUGAAGGUCCUCUACCCCCUUCUCACCGAUCCAUCCCUGAAUCUCAAAAUUAUCCACUUGGUCCGUGACCCCAGGGCAGUCGUCAAGUCACGGGAACAAUCGGUCAAAGCCUUAGCCCGUGACAAUGGAAUUGUUUUGAGUACCAAUGGCACUAAAGUGGAAGAUAGCAAAUACAAAGUAAUGCAAGAGAUUUGUAGAAGUCAUGUUCAGAUUUAUGAAACAGCUACCCUAAAACCACCUAAUUUCCUUAAAGAUCGCUAUUUAAUGAUCCGUUUUGAAGAUCUGGUCAGAGACCCAUUAUCAGAAAUCUCUGAAAUGUAUAAAUUUGCAGAUCUUAGUUUGACCCCUGUGCUCAAAAGCUGGAUCUAUAAUAUCACACAUGGACAGGGACCAGGAAAAAAAAAAGAAGCCUUCAAAAUCACAUCUCGAGAUGCAGUUAGUGUUUCACAGGCCUGGAGAAAUGUUCUUUCCUUCCAGAAAAUAAAGAAAAUACAGGAAGUUUGCAGAGGUGCUAUAAACAUGCUUGGCUAUCAGCUGGUGGAUUCAGAAAAAGAACAGAGAGAUCUGUCAUUGGACUUAGUGUUGCCAAGACGACAAAAUCAAUUCAGUUGGUCAUCAUUUAAUCCAAAGCACUGAGACAUCAUUUUUGAGAGAUCUGGAGGGGGUUGGAGGGUUGUUGGUGGUGUAGAUGGUUGAGUAUUUGCCUACUGUGCAGCAUAUAGGUAAUUAUAAAAUCCUUGGCUGAUGAGUUUAGCCGUCUUCCUGUCUGCUGUUUUUCCAUAAUGGGAGGAGGAUUUUUUCUGAGUUUCUUACACCACAAAACCAAAAAAAAAAGCAUGAGAAAUGCCAUGAGAUACUCGUCAGAUUGCAAAUUUACAAAUCAGCUGUGCUGUUCUCAAUAUUAUUUUAAAAAUAUAAUUUAAGUACUUUCUAUUAAAAGAUGAAUUGUCAAAAAUGUCUUUGUUCA